GAUUCAUUUAAAAAUCUGUCUCAAACGUUUGCUAACCGUUCGAAGGCAAAGCGGAAAAAAAUAUGAAAAAAGUUGCAAAUAUUGUGUUUUGUGUUAUCUGGCUGAUAUCGAACGUAGCUCUAAGUGCCAGUGUUCGCGAAAACAACAUAACGACAUCAAUUGUACGACCCUUAAGGUCGAACGAUCGAGCGUAUUUCGAUAAUGAAUUAUCGAAAAUAGAUGCACAUCGUCAACGAUACUACGAUUUGGAAAGUGAAAUUUGGCGUGAAUUGAGGAAAAGUGACAAUGAAGCGGUAGUGUUGCGGAAAAUCCAUGAAAAGCAUUUGGCAUUCUAUGCUAAUCAAGUGGAAUACGGCGUAGAUCUGAGCUUAUUUGAAACGGGCGAGAAAGAUCUGUUGAAUGAAGUGAAAUUUAUCAAUGAUUCGGUGUUGAGUGUAACCAAAAAAACGCUUCACAAAAAUGAGCGGAAUUUCGCCAAAUCAGAAUCCGUUGAAUUGGCCGGCCGACAUAGGGAAUUCAUUCGGGCUAUGGACGCAAUAAACAAUAUAACCAAAGACAACGAUUUCUUGUUAAACAUUAAGAAGAAAGGCGAACUACAAAACUGCAUGUCGUCAAACAUUCUCACCGAGUCGACUAACCAAAAACUGUACGAAUAUUAUGUGGACAUAUCAGCAGCCCAAUUGAAGGCAUACUCUUUGGUGCAACUAUCUUACAUGUUCCUGACGGUCUACAAUCAAAACAACUCGGUAAUGUUAGCGGAAAAUCUUCGAAUGCGCUUCAACGAACGAACCAUAUUAACUCAACAGCGAGUGAUAGAUUUAAUGGAUCAAUCUGGACGCGAAACGUGGAAUUGCGAUCAAGAGCCAAACGAAUACCGAUACAAAGGCGUUACCAACCAGGUGACAAGACUGAUGCAAGGAUACGUCGAUAAUGAGGUCAAUUUGAAUCCGGUCAAUGAUUGCAAAAAGAAAUGUAAUGAUUAUACCUUGACGAAGAACUACCAGUGCUACAACGGAUCUCUAUGUGAUCCAGCCAGAGAGGAUCCGUUCAUUAAAAAAUGCAAUGGAAAUGUGGUCAAUUGUCAAUUCAUUGAGGGUGACAUGAAAAUUUGUCCUUCCAUUGUGGAUCGUUCCAGAAGCUACAAUUAUAUUACAUUGAGCAGUGGAAUGACGCUGGGUAAAGCUGGAUCUUGCGAAGCUGAAGAGGCGGAGGCCACAUCAUGGACUAGAUGGUUUGUUCAAUGUUCAAAUUGCUUCUGUUACUGUGACGAAGAAAGCAAAGAUUCGGACAGAUAUUUCAGUCUGCAGCCCGUUCUGUCUGACACUGACCGCAACAUGGUUAUAACCGGAGUAGCAAUCGUUAAGGAUCGUCAAACGUUUUACUGGCAAAUCACUCAACGGAAAUUGAUUAGCAAGGGUCAGGUAGAGAGUCCGGCCAGUAAUAUCAGGAAGCCGUACAAAACUAUUCGAACGAUAAAUGUCCGAGAAGAUCCUUCCCUAAAGGAAGGAAUCGACUAUCACGCUCUGAGUUAUGAGAAUCGUUCGGUUAACUUCGACACAUUGGUUGCGCCGCACGGCAGUGUGCUAACUGGCAUCAAAUUCAAAGCUGAAAAGGGACAUCUGAGCUUGGAAAUCCGUGCAACUAAAUUUGAUUUCAAUAGUGGCACCCUUCAGGAUGUAGUUCGCAGUGAAUGGAUUUCCAGUCCGGUAACAGAACGAACCCAAAUCCAUCUUGACAAUCCCGACAAAUCCGAUCGCUCCUUGUCAAAAUCGAUACUGGACAUUACGCCAAACAGCUACAUUGACUUUCAACCUACAGACAUUUGGAAAGAUGCAGCACAAACCACCGUUCCGUAUAUUGAUGUAGAAUUGGUGGAACCAACACACCCGACGAUUUUAUCGGGAGCAGGAUUGUUUUACAAGGGUCAACCCGGCUAUGGCGGUUUCAUCGCACCGAAAAUUGUUACUUAUGAUUUUGCACCACAUAUCAAGGUCCAACAGAAUUAGGAAUUUGGAAAAUAAGAAAACUUUCAACCAAAAUUGAUGCGUAUGAUCUGAUUGUUAGUGCGAUUGUCGUUGGUUGUAAAUAAACUUGAAA